AAAGGACAGACGGAAGCAACAAAUGGGAAGGAAACUGACAACGCUUGUGAAAUCCCAAACCGGAUUGGUAAGAACACAUCAUAAAUUAUGGAUCCCUCGAGCCGCCUCCGGCCUGUCACUGCGUGGUCUGUCUCCACGGCCCUGCCCGGCGCGGGCGACACUUGUCCAUGAGCGCGGGUCUCUCGGGCCUCAAAUGUCCCCGCCCGGCCCGGCCGCAGCGGUGGCCCAACUUAGGGCCGCGGGGGGCUCUGGGCGCUCAGCCGGGAGGGACGCGCCAGCUGCGGGGACGACCCCCCCAGCCAGCAGAGCACAGGCUCACCAUUGUUCCCGAAGACCCCCGCGGGAACACCCUGAGCUGGCCUGGGCGCUCCAGUCCGAGGCGCCAAGGCCGAAGAAGGGAAUGCGAAAGGCGCCGGGGCGGGCGGGUGGAGAGGGUGUGGGACGUGCCCGCCACCCCCCGGCGCGCAGGUCCCCCGGCCUUGGUGGGCGGUGUGGCGGGACCCCGGGCAGCGUGCGACAUCUGCGCGAGAGCGCGGGGGCGGGAGGGGACGUCGUCACACUCAGGACGCCCAUCUGGACCGACUUUCCUCCCGUGCCAGAAGCGAGGAGGGAGAAGUCAAGGUUAAACGCUGCGGCGGGGCUGCAGGCGGGCACUGGCGGGGGCGCACAAAGCCGCGGGCCCCUCCACUCGCGCCCAGCUCGGAGCACGCCGCCCCCAGCCCUCCAAGAGCCCCGCGCAGGCUACCGUGGCCCCACCUUGCCCUUUGUCUUUCCUCCGGAGCAGAUGUGCUGUGACCCCUGUAGCAUUCUGGCUGUCAAGAUUAAAGGAGCCUCCACUCUGUUUCGAAACUGCAACUCUUGCUCCCCAGACCUCAUCAACCCCACCUCUUAUUUUUGUUUUUGUUUUGUGUUUUUGGCCACAAGUCAACCACUCAUCAUAAGGUGGGCAAACCCCUCGGUCCACAUUUAAAUUUGUUUGUGUGACAAAUUGGCCUGCCGUUCCACCCUCUUAGCUACUGUAACCAGCACCAGAGAAACAAUGAAUUACGAGAUUAAAGUUACGGAAAAACGGCUCAU